UUAUGUCUCUUGCAUAAUUGUCUAUGGAUGUUUUGACAGCAUUGUAGGUAAUUAAGAUUUACGAAGUUGUCUAGAGCCACGACUUGAGGUUUCGCUCCAGGGUUCAAAUCUAGAUUCUAUGUGUAUAUUAUUGUUGCACAUAUCAAGUGUUGACACCAUACAACAUGACGGUGCUAUCACGCCUACUGGGCGCCGCCUUGCGCACGUACAACAAAGUGCCGCUCCCAACAUCAACUUCACACUUCCGAGCUCAAGUUCGUGGUUUCAAGAGGGCAAAAUUGGCCAAAGACUCGUCGGUAACCAUCACGCCCAAGGUUGAAUUUGAAACACCAAAUAUUAGGAGAAUGGGCCACAGUUUGAUGAAGUGCUCCAUUUUUGCUGCAGCAUUUUGUACCACGACAUAUACGGGUGCUGUAAUUUGGGAAUACGAACGAGCCAGAAAUCGACUAAAAAAUCCAUUUCAAGCCUUCACAAAAUUCAACUGGAAUGCAAUGGAAGGCUGGAGAAACAAAGAGGGCGAGUUGAGGCAAACGCUCAAUAAAUGGUGGAAUGAUUUGUCAGAUGGUCAAAGAGUCUUCUGGCCAAUAUUCUUCUUGAAUGCUGCCGUGUACGCUCUAUGGCAGGUACCUGCCCUUAAACUGGCAAUGUUCAGAUAUUUUGCAUUCUCUCCCGCUGCACAUGCUGUCUGCCUGCCUAUGAUAUUGUCUACCUUUAGUCAUUACAAUUUAUUUCACUUGGGUGCUAACAUGUACGUAUUACAUAGUUUUUCAACACCGAUUUGUAGUAAGUUGGGCAUGGAGCAGUUUCUCGGGCUCUACCUGUGUAGUGGUGUACUCUCAUCCCUCGCAGGAGCCGCCUUCAAAGUUCUCAUCAGAAGCUCAGUUCCUUCUAUAGGGGCUUCAGGAGCCAUCAUGGGAAUGCUGGGGUACUUUUGCUCAAAAUAUCCCGACUCCAGACUGGGUAUUAUUUUCAUCCCUAAUUUCAACUUUUCAGCAGAACAAGGUCUUAUGGGCAUUAUGUGCCUUGAUACAACGGGCCUUAUUUUGAGAUGGCGUUUAUUCGAUCACGCCGCUCAUCUGUCAGGAGCAAUAUCAGGUAUAAUGUAUGCCAAGUACGGACAACAACUCUGGGAGAAGAGACGCCCCAUCUCACACAAGUGGCAUGAAUUGCGAGAAACGUUUACUCCAACUAAAAGUCGAUAACUAUAGUCAUACCGCUGCAAUUUUUUAACUGUCAUUAUGCAAGUGUUAGUUAAUUUAGUGGAGAAUAAUUAGAUUAAUUUGGAUAAUAAUUGUUGGUUAAUUAAUUAGAGAAACGACAAAUUCGAUGUUAAAAAAUAAAAUUUAGUAUUGUCUAAAUUUUGAUGAGAAUAUAUUUAUGAGUCAACUAUCCGACUCUGCACACUUUUGUCAUCAUAACCAUGUUGUUGCUGUCACAGAUUAUCGAGUUUUUAAGCAGUUCCUAAUUUAUUUUUCGGAAUGUGUUGCUCCACAUUAUCGUUCGGUAGAUUAUGUGUCAGUUGUACACAUGAUACAUUUGGGGUUGCGUCUUGUAGAUUGUUGUGGCAUUCUCCCCUUAGAUAAAAGUGUGGCAAGUUACGUUUGUAUGUAGGGUUCGAGAACCCUCAAUGCUAGUGUCGU